AUGAAACAGUUUCCUCAGAAACUCUACGUUUCAUUUGGCCAAUUCCAGCCAGCAACAGCACCUAUGAUCGAGGACUGCAAGUUGAUGGGGAAACUACAGUCAUCGACUUAUAAAUACAAGAUAGAAAUAGACUGGGUAAGCAGAUUUCAUGCUUUUAGCAGUUUUCUUGUUGCAUCCUCGAUCAUCACUAACAUAGACACGGAAUGCAGCCCUCUAUACCGAGUUAGUUGUGUGACAAAGGAGGUGGCUUGGAUAAGUGGAAAUGAUGACACACUGAGAGAAAUCACAUCCUCGGGGCUCGUGCUUAAAAAAUUGACCUCGCAAGGAAGUAUUCCAUUUGGAAUGGCAACAACCAGAAAAGGGGAACUUCUUUUCACAGAUUACAGUGAUAAAUGCGUCAAGAUGAUAAACGAUGACAAAGUGAAGACCAUUAUUAGGUGUGUUUGGAUACCAUCGGGUAUUUGUGUAUCCCCCUCAGGAGAUAAAUUUGUCGCAUUAUGCAAUGACAGAAUUUCAAAUCUGCAAUUCACAGUCAUGCAGUAUUCCGGUGGUAUCGUUAAACAUACAUUCCAGUUUGACGAACAGAAACAGAACUUGUUUGCUACUGAGGGGCCUUAUAAAUGCCUUCAGAUUGCACUGAACACGAAUGGCGAUCUCUGUAUUGUGGACUGGAAUGGAGCCGCAGUGAUCAUCUUAAAUCAAGGAGGGGGUCUCAAGGCAAAAUAUUGCUGCAAAACAAACCCACAACUUCCAGAGGGCUUUUCACCACGUUAUAUUGCCACGGACAGUCUUAGUCACAUUUUAGUGUCAGAUACAAACAACAGUUGUAUUCACAUUUUGGAUUCUGAGGAUGUUCCUAUGACUGUGCUCAAGUAUGGUCUAGUCCGUCCUGCUGGAAUAAGCAUUGAUAGCGAUAACAACCUCUGGGUGACUGAACAGGCUGGAAAAUUGAAGAUCCUCAAGUUUUUGAAGUAG